GGGUCGCUCCGGUGGGCCGGGCCUACGGGGAACCGGGAUCCUCACACCGGGCUCGUGGGGCCCACUAGGACCGAAGCCGCGGGGUCCAGCUGCUUCAUCCCCGGCGGGCCCCGCGGGCCCGCCCCGGUGAGUCACGGGAGCGGCGGCGGCGGCUGCGUGAGACCCGUGGGGACGGUAACCCCCCCCCUCUGCGACCCCCCACCCGUGUCCCCGGCCCACCCCGGACAUGAGGCUGCUGUGGGGAAGGGGCUGACCCUCCACCGUGUCCACUGAGCUCCGGCCCUGGUUUCACCAUGGCCUCACAGCCGCAGCCCCUGCGCCCCACCUUGCCCUGUGCUUCCACUGGUGGGGCUGGGCUGGCAGCUGGCAGCCCUGACAAAGCCAAUGCUCGCCCCAAGCCACCUGUCCGGCCCAAACCCCGGGUGCUGCCCAAGCCAGCUGUGCCCACCAAGCCCUCCCUGCCGCACCCCCCGCCAGGGCCGCGGCACCCUCGCCCGGAGCUACCCUCUGCUGAGAAGAUAAACCGCCUGGCAGGGCCCCAGCCCUACAGUGGGGGCAGCUCGGUGGGGCCCCUCAGGCGCCCCUCCUUCACCCUCAAGUCGCCUGAGACCCCCAACGGGAAGGGUCUCCUGUCCCCUCCACUCGCAGCUUCUGAGGACUCGGGUUCAACCCCCAGUGAGGAGGUGCCUGCCGCCCCACCGACCCCUCCUCGUAAAGGCCCGGCUCCCUUCAAGGUGACGCCAGUGCCGGUGGCGUCCAAACCAGACCGAUUUCCUGGCACCACCGUGGAAGAGAUCCUGGCCAAAAUGGACAGCAGAGAGGGCCCGGGGAGCCCAGACCGAGCCCGGCUCUCACCCUUUUGCCCUGAUACCUCCUCUCGCUUCGGCUCCAAGACCUUCACUGCCUUCCGGAGAUGCCUCAGUGGGGAGGCAGACGGAGCCCCACCCAGCGAAGCCCGCCAGAUGCCCCAGCCCGUGGUGGCCGAGCUGGGGAUGGGGGAUGACAGAUGCCCGAUUGCCGAGUUGAGCAGCUCCCCCCCAGCUGGCCCGAGCUGUGCCGGGGACCCCCGUGGACGCCGGAGGCCACCUUCCCCCCCUGACCUCUCCUCUCUCCAGCCGGGCGCCCUUGAACCCCCUGGCUCCCCAAGGCCCCCUGCCUGCCCAGCUCCACCCCCGGGAGCUCCUUUCCAGCCCGCUGAGCCCUCUGCCUCGGCCCCUGGCUCUCCCGAUGCCCCCCCAGAGCUACCGGCCCCUGGCUCCCCCACACUGGCCCCUGGCUCCCCCGAAUCCCCACCUCAGCCUCCAGCCGAGGUCUCGGCCGCCUCCCUCCAGGCCCCGGGUGCUCCAUCCUCUGCAGCUGAGCCCCGGCUCAGCGUCUCCCGCUCCCCUGGUUCCCCCCACACUCCCGGAGAGGGAUCCCCCGAUACUGCCAGUCCCCCCGGCACUCCUGAAUUGCCCCCCAGAGUCACCUGCCCCCCCGGCUCUCCUGAGGCUGCCGCUCAGUACCUGGGCCCCCCCAGUCCUCCCCCUGAGCCCCCUGCUAAAGCCUCUCGUCCCCCAGGCUCCCCAGAGGGACCCGAUGACUCCCCAGCAUCCCCACAGUCCCCCGAGGGUCCUGUUUUCAGCCCCUCUCUGCCUUCCAGGGACUUGGGGCUCCGGCGCUCUUCAGAGGGGGUGUUGCAGCCCCCGACCGUGGGGCAGGGCAUGGGGGAGCUGGGGGGCUCGCUGAGUGCCCUGCCCCAUCCUGGGGACCCGCCGUCAGAGCCGUCCCUGGGCAGUGAGUCUGGCUGGAGCCUUUCGCAGUCCUUCGAGUGGACGUUCCCCUCGCGGGGGGUGCGACGGCUAGCAUCCCCCCCCCGCUCCCCCAUCCGGGAGGUGGCCGACUCGGGGUUGUCUGAAGAGGGCGAGUCGGAUGGGGAGGAUCCAGCCCCCUGCCCCCCAUGCUCCCAGGGGGACAGCAGGUCCGAAGGGCCCAGCCCCACGGUGGCCAGCAGCUGGGGAGCAGAGGCGGCUCCAUGUCCAGGGGGUCCUAUGGCCCAGCAAGAGGCUGAGGGCCUGGCGGCGGAGGAGGAGGAGGAAGGGGAGGCAGAGCAGGAUGCCACGGUGCCCUGCUCCCCUCUCUGUGUGACGGAGCCCAGCUGGGACCCAGCUGAGCCUAAGCCCCCUGCCCAGCCCGGCCUCCUCACUGAGGCCGCCCCACCGGAUCUGGCCCUACCGGAUCCGGCCACCGUGGCCGACUCGGCCUGGGUGCCGACGUGCGAGUCCUCUGUAAGCCUGCAGGGCCCUGGUGGGCCGGGCCCGGCCGAAGGAUCCUCGAGGGGUCCUGACGCCCACGCCGACCCGGGCUGGCUGACGGAGCUGCUGGCAUCGCCCAGGGCCCAUGCCGCAGGGCGCAGCUCUCUGGAUGCGGAGGGGCCAGAGGACCUGCUUGGCUGGUCACGGAAGGACCUGUGCAGUGAAUUUGGCAUUGGCAGACCUCACCAGGCUGGCACCUUUGACUGGACCCGUGAGGCUGUGGCCAGGGAGAGAGAGUGGCCUGGUGAGACAGAGCAGGACCGGGAAUUUGGGACCAAAUCAAGCUGGGACGACACCUGCAGCGUCAGGGAUGGGGACCGGCAGGACAGGCCCUUUGGCACCACCACGAGGGACUGGGGCAGCGAUUACAAAGGGACGGAGCUGAUGGGGGAAGCACGGCUGGGCUGCAGUGACUGGUCCAAAUCCCAUGGUGCGGGAGAAAGCUGCCUGCAGGAUCAAGACUUCGGUGCCAGCAAACCCAAGUGGGGCACAGGCUAUGGCCUGGACAGUGUGGGCAGCGGGGAGGACAUUGGCUCCACGAAGGCUGACUGGAGCAGCAGCUUUGGUGUGGGACAUGGCCGGCAGCAGGACGAGGAGCUGAGCUCCAGGCAGCCCAGCUGGGCUGGCCGGUACAGCUCCGGGGACCCAGAGCGCCAGGACAGGGAGAUCACACCUGUGUGGGCUGGCGAAUACGGCACCAGUGAUGCAGAGAUGAAGGAUAGGGAGCUUACCCCAGACUGGGCCAGUAAAUACAGCAGCAGGGGUGCUGAGUCCAAGGACAAGGAUUUUACACUGGGCUGGGCUGGCAGAUCCAGCACUGGGGACACUGGGAGCCCAGACAAGGAGCUCAGCCGCAGCAGGCUGACCUGGGACAGCAAAUACAGCGCUAGGGACAUGGAGAGUCAGGACCGGGAGUUCAGCCCCAGCAGACCAGCUUGUACUGGUGAGUACAGCAGCCGAGACAUGGAGAGCCAGGAUCGGGAGUUCAGCCCCAGCAGACCAGCUUGUACUGGUGAGUACAGCAGCCAAGACAUGGAGAACCAGGAUCGGGAGUUCAGCCCCAGCAGACCAGCCUGGGAUAGCGAGUACCACAGCAGGGACACAGAGAGCCAGGGCCAGGAGUUCAGCCCCAGCAGACCGGCCUGGGAUGAUGAGCACAGCACCAGGGACACAGAGACCCGGGACGGGGAGUUCAGCCCCAGCAGACCAGCCUGGGAUAGCGAGUACCGCAGCAGGGACGCAGAGAGCCAGGGCCGGGAGUUCAGCCCCAGCAGACCGGCCUGGGAUGAUGAGCACAGCACCAGGGACAUGGAGAGCCAGGGCCGGGAGUUCAGCCCCAGCAGACUGGCCUGGGCCAGCAAGUGCAGCAGCAGAGAGAUGGAGACCCAGGACAGUGGGUUCAGCCCCAGCAGACCAACCUGGGAUGCCAAGUACAGCACCAGGGACGUGGAAGCCCGGGACGGGGAGUUCAGCCCCAGCAGACCAGCCUGGGCCAGCGAGUGCAGCUCUGUGAACGCCGAAAAGGAAGAAAGAGAGUUUAGUCCUGGCCAGCUGAGCUGGGCUGGUGAGUGCAGCAUUGGCCAAACCGAGCUGGUCGAUGCUUUUGGUGUCAGGAAAGACGGCCUGCCUGGCUCCUGUGCCACCAAUCCCAAGGCCCAGGAGCCCGGCUGGGGCAGCACCGACCGGCAGGAGUGCGGUACGGCUGAUAGCAGGGACUGGGCUGAAGAGCUUGGAGAAGCCGAGCGCCACAACCAGUUUGGCAUCAUCGGGACAGAGCGGGUGCCAGAUCCCUCCAGCACCCGAGUGUCAUCAGAUGGCUCAAUGUCCUGGGCUGGUGCAGCGAGGUCCGGCGGCCUGCCGGAGCCCCGGGGAGACUGGCACAGGGAUCUCUCCUUUGGCAGCUCGGAUGCCACCAGCUGUGUGGGCACUGGUGAUACUGGCGGGGUUGGACCAGGCCAGACGGCCUGGGAUCAGGGCCCGGGCAGCUCUGCCCAGCUCCGGGAGGCUGGCGUGGAAGAGCCAAGCUGGAGUCGGGACCUCGACGCGGCCGGAUGGAGCGUGGAGCUGUGCGACGCUGAGGCCAAGCGCCAGGAGUGGGCUAGCGCGUUCGGCGCCCGCUGCGCGGCCCGGAGCUGGGACUUCAGUGCUGGGGAGCAGAGCCCGGGAGAUGACACCGGCUUGGCGGACCGCAGAAGCCUCCAUCUCACGGACCCCAGCCUGCCAACGGGCGAUGCUCCAGCUGAUCCCCCAGCUGCGGAGUCCCCCCAGAGUGAGCCGUCCAGCCCCACCGAGGAGGAGAGGGACCUCCCUGAGCCAGCUGCUGCUCUGCGGAGCCCCAGGGCCUCCCCCCUGCUGCCAGAGACUGCCAGUGGGACCCUGCCAGGCACGGAGAGUGAAGAAGCCCCCUUGGACCACCUGGAUGGGAAGAGACCACCAAGCUGGGAGGAGAAGCAGCUCUUCCUGGGCACCCCUGAGCCCAAGGGAUCCACAGACCACACUGGGGAGGAAUUCUCCUUCCUGGAGGACACAGAGGUCCUGGACAGCAGCGUGUACCGCAGCAAGGCCAACCUGGGCCGCAAGCGUAGGCACCGGGCGCCAGCUCUCCGCCCUGGGGCUGCCUCAGAAGGGGACGGCUGGAUGUUCCGGGACUCCACAGAGCCCCGUCCAGCCUGCCCCGCGGCGUCCUCGGACGAGGAGGCAGCGGAAGAACCCAAGAGCCGGCGGGUGCGAGCGUCCCCGUCAAGCAAGGGUGUCAAGGUGCCGCUCUUCCCCGGCCUCAACACGUCCGCUCUCAAGGCCAAGCUGAGGGGCCGAAACCGCUCAGCUGAGGAGGGGGCACUGCCGGGGGACAGCAAGGCAACCCCACCCAAGGACUCCCACGUGCAGCGCUCCAAGUCCUGCAAGAUCCCCGGCUUAAGUGGGAAACCCCUGGCGCUGCCCCCCAAGCCGGAGAAGUCAUCAGGGUCUGAAGCCUCUCCCCCACACUGGCUGCAAGCGCUGAAGCUGAAGAAGAAGAAACCUUGAGCGGGCUCGCUCUCCUGCCAGCGCGUCCCCGGAGGCUGACAGCCACUGUCCCCAGGAUCAGGCCUGGUCCCUCCCCGUGGCGGCGCACGCGCGCACACACACACACACAUAUCUAUGCACUUUGUACGAUGCUCGCGGGGUCCCCGUCCCCCUCCCCAACACUUCCCCACCCUCCUUGGCCCACGGUCUUCCCCCAGCCUUCCCCUUCCCUCAGCCCCUGUGCCCCUGGUGGCUGGGGGGUGGGCAGCAAGCCCCCUCCCUCCCCCUCGCCCCCUGCUCUUGCAUCACCCUCCAGACAAAGAGCAACUGGUCGGAAUUUUGGUGCCACUUUGACAGGACAAUAAAACUUCGUUGGUUGGUU